AUGCCUCGAGUCAUUUCAGACGGAGCCUCGGCUGAGUUCGAGCCCGUCACCGAGAUCCCACGCUUCCAACGUGUUUACUGGACAAAAGAGCCGCAUCUAAGGAAACUUUAUGGCCUCGCUACGUUGUUGAUGGUGGCCUCGGCCACAACCGGCUACGACAGCAUGCUCGUCAAUACAUCACAGCAGAUCGACCGCUGGAACUGGUUCUUCUUCCCCGAGACGCGAGAAAAUCCCAGCAUUGCGGACCCCGUGCUCAACAGCAAGCUGGCCAUCCUCGUCAACAUGUUCAAUAUCGGCUCCAUCGUGUCAUUCUUUAUUACACCGUAUGUGGCUGAUCACUUCGGCCGCAAGCCUGCCAUCGUUUGGGGCUGCUUGUGCAUGGUCGUAGGUGGUUUGCUCACUGCAUUCUGUAAUGGCUAUGGCAUGUACAUGGGCGGCCGCUUCAUCCUGGGCUUUGGCAACUCACUCGCGCAGAUGGCCUCGCCCCUGCUGCUGACCGAGAUCUGCCAUCCCCAGCACCGUGGUCCAGUCACGGCCAUCUAUAACUGCUUGUGGAACGCUGGUGCCCUGCUGGUGACGUGCAUUGCCUGGGGCACCGGCAACAUCAAGAACGACUGGUCAUGGCGGUCUAUCACUCUCCUGCAGAUUCUGCCGUCGCUCGUCCAACUCGCCGGCAUCUGGGCUGUGCCCGAGUCGCCGCGUUACCUCAUCAACAAGGAGCGCUACGACGAGGCCUUGCACAUUCUGACCAAGUGGCAUGCCGGUGGUGACCCGCACAACGCGACUGUGCACUUCGAGUUCCGCGAAAUCCGCGAGACCAUUCGUAUCCAAAAGGAGCUCGACCGGACGACCAGCUACCGCGACUUCCUGAGGACCCGCGGCAACCGCUGGCGUCUGGCCAUCAUUGUUUCCCUCGGCAUCAUCUCGCAGUACAGCGGCAACGCGCUCUUCUCGAAUUACAUGAAUGCCAUCUACCUAGGUGCCGGUAUCAAGAAGCAAAACCAGAAACUUGCCAUGUCGACCGGCAAGACUAUUUUGGAUCUGAUUGUCACCAUCUCCGCUGCGUUGUCUGUCGAUCGAUUCGGUCGCCGUCCGCUGUUCCUUAUCUCGAUGUGCGGCAUGGUUUUGUCAUUUGCUUGCUGGACCGUCACCGGAGCCGUUUAUGAAAACUCAGGCGAAACCAACGUUGCCUCAGGCUACGCUCAGCUCGUCUUCAUCUGGAUCUUUGGCGUAUUUUACGACAUUGGCUUCUCUGGUCUCCUUGUCGCGUAUGCCCUCGAGGUGCUACCGUUCCAUUUGCGCGCCAAGGGCAUGAUGAUUAUGAACAUUACCGUACAGGCCUUCCUGGCUAUUGGAAAUCAAACCAACAAACUGGCCUGGGAGCGCCUACCGAACCACUGGAACUUUAUGCUCUUCUACACGCUCUGGGACCUGUGCGAGCUUGUAUUCGUCUGGUUCAUGUAUCCCGAGACUAAGGGCCCGACACUCGAAGAGAUCGCGCGCAUCUUUGACGGUGACGGCGGCGUCGCCAACAUCGACAUGCACUCGAUACACAAGGACCUCUACCACCACGUCGCGCGCGAACUCGACGACGACCUCCCGGGGAAGGCUCUAUGA